GGAAGAGGAAGGGGGGGAAGAGGAGGAGAAGGAGGGAGGCGAGGACGAGAGAGGAGGAGGGACGGUGUGUGCCUUGUGUGGGGAGACUGAGGAGUAUCUCUGCAAUAUUAUGGUGCAUGGACCGAGUGCCGAAGAUUACUAUGCCCUGCCCGAGGAAGUACGUGAAGCUUUGGAAAAACGCUUGGUAACGGAGCAGCAGGAAAAGAGCGCGGAUCGCUACGUAUUCUGGCAGCCGGUGGACGAGAACCUGGCGUUGGAAACAGAAAGGGUACUCAAGGAGGUGUUCACGUCGGCGCCGUUGGCGGGGUCAGAGGGGAGGGAGAAAGUCAAGGGACCGGACGGGAAGCGGGAGGUGCCCACCUUGCGAAAAGGCAGUCUGAUCACGCAUGAAUGCUGUGCGGACGCGCUGGUGGAGGCCAAGGCAGAGGCGGGGGCACGGGAGCGGCGGUUGCGACGGAAAGUAGGCGUGGAAAGCGUUGCUUUCAUGGGGCGAGGGAGAACGGCCGCAUUGGGACAGGACCGUGGAGGCCGUAUCUAUUGGCAGUUUGCGGGAGAACCGAGCUUCCUUUUCGUCCAGCCGUACGAUCGGCAGGGUCAAAGCGAAGAGGGCAUUGCUGGGUCCACGGACGCGAUGGCCUUAAUCCGGCAGAAGCAUGACGAAGCCCUCGCCCAUUCGGUAGAUACCGGGGUCCUGGCCUUGGGGGAAGGAGGACGGGAGGGGAGCGUGGAGAAAUGGCUCGUGUACGAAAGUGCCGAGGCCAUUGGGAAGGUGGUGGAAGAGUAUUUGAACCCAAGAGGGAAAAAAGAACGGGCUUUGCGCGAAGCGAUCCUGAGACAAUACCCGGACGUUCGGAAAUUUCUGAGAAAUAAGCGAAGCGAGGAAGACGACGGUGAAACGGACAAUCUUGGGACCGGAGCAGACGAAAAUGAGGUCGGACAAGAAGAGACGGGAAAAGAGACAGCAGGGGCCACGCAGGCGCUGUGGGGGGUCGGAGACGCGGUCUUCGUCGAAAAACAUGGCGUGCUGUGGAAGGCGCACGUGAUUUUUGUCAACCCCGACCAGGGCGUUGUCCGAGUCAGCUAUGACGGGUGGGCACAGGCGGAUGAAUGGAUCCCAUAUGUCCCCGGUCCCUCUUCCCUUCCCUCUCCUUCGUCCAGCCCCGACAUGGAAAGGGAUGCGCCGCCUUCCCUCCUACCAUGGACGGCCCUCCGUGCCGAGGAACAUGAAGAGCAGUGGGGAAAACGGCAGGAAAUUGCGCGGGCACGUUAUGUCUCUCCUGUGCCGUUCGUCGAGAAGCUAAGGGCCUUCCCCUACGUGACAGCCAGUAAUCGAAACCGCCAACGGAGCAAAGCCAAGCUCCUUCCCACCCGCCUUCGCUACGAAUUCCGGCGAAAAGCCUUGAAUUUUUCGGAAAGCGAAGAGAGGAUGGCUGGAAUGGAGGACGUGGAAGAAGAAGAGGAGAGCUUAAUUGAAGUCAAGGCAGCAAUAUUGACGGUGGAAGCGGCGCUGCCCCUGGGAUGUAUUUUGGACGCCCCUGACGAAGCCAGAAAAAGCAUAAAACUUCGAAGGGACGAAUUUAACAAGUGGGUUCGCCGUGUCGAGAUGGCAGCCACGGCCCGAGAAUUGAUGGAAUGCCUCAUCCUUCUCGAACAUUCCAUCGACAGCCGAUGGCGUCUCAACCCUUUCCGGAGCACCUAUCUUCUCUGCAUGUCAUCAUGGGCCCAUGCUGUUAAGUACGCCACGCCUGCCUCCCUUGCGCUGCGGGUGUGGUCUUUGGAUCGCCUCUUGGACUACGGACGGGUGGAACUGGACACGGACGGGGACAGUCGGCGGCUUAGCAAAGGGAAAAGCCAGCCUCCUGGUUUCAUAAAACCAGGUACGGUAGGGGGAGGAUACGUUGAUAUUGGCGUGGUGCCCGAUUUCUUGCCUUACGUGCCUGAGGCGCGGGCUUUUGCGGGGGGGUCCGGGAGAGAAGGGGAGGACAACGGGGAAGAGGAGGGAGAGUGGGAGGAUGGGGGAGAGGGAGGUGUUCCUCCGGGAACGGGAAGUACGCCUUUGACUAGGGGGAAGAGGAAGAUUUCAGAAGGAAGCAGAGGCCCGCUAUCCGAGAGGCGGGGGAAGAGAAGGAAGAAAAGGGGGAGGAGAGGACAAUACUAGGAAUAUGGGCGAUAGGCGAAAGAGGGGGAGGAAAAGGCGGGGUGAAGUUGAAAAAAUCAGGAACAUGAAAAUUGCUCAUUACAGGAGUGGGGGAAAGAGGCGAGGUGCAAGGGGGAAAAGCGAGGAAAAGUCAUGGAAAGGUAGUAAACGGAGGAGGAACAUCGAGGAGUUUGGACGGCAGCGCAGACACAAGCAACUGCAGAAGCAGAAUUAGGACGGUAGUACAAAUAUGUGAAUAGAAAGGUACUUGCGAUUGAAGCUAACAAGUAGACUCUAGGGCAUGAGAGAGAUAAUUUAAAUAGCUUUAAGAGGCGUAGAGUAUAUCAAAGGAAGCAUGCACAGAAAAGGGAAGCAA